AUGGACGAAUGCGACACGAAUAGCCAUGAAAAAGCUUCUUUGAAAGCUUUAGAAACGCUUCGAAUAAAAUCAAGCUCAAGUAUCUUUGUUACUAGUCGUUCUUACCCAGACGACAUCAAAAAGACUUUCGGAAGCGCUCCCCAGAUCAUUAUUGGCGCUGACGAUGACAAUUUGCAGAUAUACAUCUCGAGGGAGAUAGACGGGAGCGACAACUUCGAUGUCAUUGAGAGAGAGUUCAGGAAAGAAAUCAUCGUGAUCGUCAGCCAAGCCGCCCAGAAAAUGUUUCUAUUAGCGGUACUCCAGAUCCAGGCGAUCCUCGCUGAGCCUACUUUUGGUGAAAUGGAAGAAACCCUGAGCACCAUACCUUGGGGUUUGAAUGGCGCUUUUGAGGAGACAUUGCAGAGGAUCCACAAAUUACCAGACGGGCGCAGAAGACUAGGCUUGAGCACGCUGAUGUGGGUGUCUCAUAUGACCGUCGACUGUUGUCUGGGCCUAGUCACCGUGGACGAAGAGGGUUCUGUGAUCGGCCAGGUGCACUCUACGGUUCAAGAACAUUUUUGCAAACACCUAGAUCCGACCUUUGCCUUAGGCGAACAGACGAUUGCGGAACUGUCGAUUACACAUCUACUGACAGAGUCGUUUGCGCAAGGAUGCUGUCCGGACGAGAUCAGUAUCAUAGCGGUGAUAUCUCAUCACCCCUUCAUCAAAUAUGCAGAUCAGCUCUAA